GAAAUCUAUACACAAAAACCCACCACGUGUAUUUUUUUUUCUGCGUGUGGCUCCCUCUUUGUUGCCUUGAUGACAGUAGUUUUUUUCAGACGCGGAUUCUUUAAGCCCCAGAACGAAUUUCUGAGCUUCGGGAGACAGUGGAACUUGGGGUCAGAAGGCGGAGUUCACGGUGCGGAAUUGGCGGGAGAAUGAAUUUGUGAUCCUCAGACUGAAGCUGCGGUGACUUCCUAAGAUUCGCUGUCGCAGGAGUAACUUGAGAAUUCUUGUUCUACUGGAGGCUGUGAAGACCAAAACAUGGAGCCAAAGUGGUAACAGAAGAGAUUUUGAAAGGAAGCAUUUUGAUUUGUACUUGGGACAGCUAGUAGGCCUGCCAUGGCUCCUGUGAAAAUCAGCCAUAUAGUAUCAUUUUCCUCUCAGGAUCCCAAGUAUCCUGUGGAGAACUUAUUAAACCCAGACAUCCAGAAGGGACCAUGGCUUAGCUGUCCUCAGGAUAAGAGUGGGCAACUGAAAGCAGAGCUCCAGCUGGAGAGAGCAGUGCCUAUUAGCUACAUUGAUGUUGGUAACUGUGGCUGUGCGUUCCUGCAGAUUGAUGUAGGCCGUUCUUCGUGGUCCCUGGACAGACCUUUUGUCACCCUGCUCCCUGCAACCAUGCUAAUGUCCCUUGCUGAUUCAAAGCAGGGGAAGAACCGUUCAGGGGUCCGGAUGUUUAAAGAUGACGAUUUCCUAGCUCCUGCCUCAGAAGAAUCAUGGGAUCGACUUCGUCUCACUUGCUCCCAGCCCUUCACACGUCACCAAUCCUUUGGCCUGGCCUUCCUGCGUGUGCGUUCCAAUCUGGACUCCUUAGCUGACUCUGUCACGGAUCCCUCGGCCUCAGGGAACUCUGGACUGAGCCAGGGCUCCUGUGAUUCUCAGGAGACUGGUCCAAGCCCCUGGCUGGCUCAUCCUUCUAUCCAGAGAACAUUCUUCCCAGAUCCCCAGACGAAUACCAAGGAAAUUUCAGAACUUAAAGAUAUCCUACAGCAACUGCAGCCAGGGGCUCUGGGGCGUUCAGCUCGCAUGGUGCUUUCAGCAGCUCGCAAAGCUCCUCCAGUCAGUAUGACAAACCCCAAGAACAACCACACAGAACCAGGUCCCAGCCAUGCAGAAAGUGAAGAGCCCAGCACAAACAGAAAAAAAGAACAAAAUUCAGUGAAUGAUCUGGCCAGGAGGAAGAGAAAGAAAGUGCAGGACCAAAGAUCUCUGUCCAACUCAAAUUCUCAGCCAAGCAAGAGGAGAACAACAAGGGCAAGGCAAAGAGAGCACCCACCCCACGCCCAAAAGAGCAGUGUCCCAAGUCAUGGACAGUGCCCCAUUUGUGCAGGCUCCUUCAGCAUGGAGAUUCUUCCUCAGCACGCCGCCACAUGUGGAGAGACCUCCCUGCCUUGGCCAGCUUCUCCUUCCUCUUCACCCUCUUCAUCCCCAUCUGUACAGUGGGUUAGAAACUCAGGUUUCUGCCCUCUCCCCUCCAUCCAGCCACAACCCAACUGGACAGAGAUCGUGAACAAGAAGCUCAAGUUUCCCCCCCAACUCCUGGGAGCAAUCCAGGAGGGGCGUCUGGGUCUUGUGCAGCAGCUUCUGGAGUCAGGGGUAGAGGCCACAGGUGGGGGGCCAGGGGGACCCCUGCGGAAUGUGGAAGAGGCCGAGGACCGCUCCUGGAGAGAAGCCCUGAACCUGGCCAUCCGCCUGGGCCACGAGGCCAUCACCGAUGUGCUGCUGGCCAAUAUCAAGUUUGACUUCAGGCAGAUCCACGAAGCCCUGCUGGUGGCAGUGGACACAAACCAGCCUGCAGUGGUGCGGCGCCUGCUGGCCCGGCUAGAACGGGAGAAGGGUCGCAAAGUCGACACGAAGUCUUUCUCUCUGGCUUUCUUUGACUCCUCGAUCGAUGGCUCCCGCUUUGCCCCUGGUGUCACACCACUCACCCUGGCCUGCCAGAAAGACCUGUAUGAGAUUGCACAGCUGCUCAUGGACCAGGGCCACACCAUUGCCCGGCCCCACCCCAUCUCUUGUGCCUGCCUCGAGUGCAGCAAUGCCCGCCGCUAUGACCUGCUCAAAUUCUCCCUGUCCCGCAUCAACACCUACCGUGGCAUUGCCAGCAGGGCCCACCUGUCGCUGGCCAGUGAGGAUGCCAUGCUGGCUGCCUUCCAGCUCAGCCGGGAGCUCAGGCGCCUGGCACGCAAGGAGCCGGAGUUUAAGCCUGAGUACAUCGCCCUGGAGUCGCUGAGUCAGGACUACGGCUUUGAGCUACUGGGCAUGUGCCGCAACCAGAGCGAGGUCACUGCAGUGCUCAAUGACAUGGGAGAGGACAGCGAGACAGAGCCUGAGGCUGAGGGCCUGGCCCAGGCCUUUGAGGAAGGCAUCCCCAACCUGGCAAGGCUACGGCUGGCUGUGAACUACAACCAGAAGCGGUUCGUAGCACAUCCUAUCUGCCAGCAAGUCCUGUCCUCCAUCUGGUGUGGGAACCUGGCUGGCUGGCGUGGAAGCACCACCAUCUGGAAGCUGUUCAUCGCUUUCCUCAUCUUCCUCACCAUGCCCUUCCUCUGCAUUGGCUACUGGCUGGCACCCAAGUCUCGGCUGGGUCGCCUGCUAAAGAUCCCGGUGCUGAAGUUCCUGCUGCACUCAGCCUCCUACCUGUGGUUCCUCAUCUUCCUGCUGGGAGAGUCCCUGGCCAUGGAGACACAGCUGAGCACCUUCCAAGGCCGCAGCCAGAGUGUCUGGGAGACUUCACUACACAUGAUUUGGGUUGCAGGCUUCCUGUGGUUUGAGUGUAAGGAAGUGUGGAUCGAGGGCCUGCGGAGCUACCUGCUGGACUGGUGGAACUUCCUGGAUGUUGUCAUCCUGUCUCUGUACCUGGCAGCCUUCGCGCUGCGCAUCCUCCUGGCAGGGCUGGCCUUCAUGCACUGCCAGGAUGCCUCUGAUGGCCCUGCCUGUCACUAUUUCAGCACUGCUGAGCGAAGCGAGUGGCGCACAGAAGAUCCCCAGUUCUUGGCCGAGGUGCUCUUCGCGGUCACCAGCAUGCUCAGCUUCACCCGCCUGGCCUACAUCCUGCCAGCCCACGAGUCGCUGGGCACUCUGCAGAUUUCCAUUGGCAGGAUGAUCGACGACAUGAUCCGGUUCAUGUUCAUCCUCAUGAUCAUCCUGACUGCCUUCCUCUGUGGCCUCAACAACAUCUAUGUGCCUUACCAGGAGACAGAGCGACUGGGCAAUUUCAACGAGACAUUCCAGUUUCUGUUCUGGACCAUGUUUGGCAUGGAGGAACACAGUGUGGUGGACAUGCCUCAAUUUCUGGUACCUGAAUUUGUGGGCCGAGCCCUCUAUGGCAUCUUCACCAUUGUCAUGGUCAUUGUGCUGCUCAACAUGCUCAUUGCCAUGAUCACCAACUCCUUUCAGAAGAUUGAGGAUGAUGCUGAUGUGGAAUGGAAGUUUGCUCGUUCCAAGCUCUACUUAUCCUACUUCCGAGAGGGUCUGACCCUGCCUGUGCCUUUCAACAUCCUGCCCUCUCCCAAGGCCUUCUUCUACUUUCUCAGGAGAAUUUUCCAGAUCAUUUGCUGUUGCUGUUCCUGCUGCAAAACUAAGAAGCCAGCCUAUCCCCCAGUCCCCACCUUUGCUAACCCUGGGGCAGAGGCAGGGAUAGGGGCAGGGCCCGGGAAGGGUGAGCGUGGAUCCUACCGUCUUCGUGUCAUCAAGGCCCUGGUGCAGCGCUACAUAGAAACUGCCAGACGUGAGUUCGAGGAGACCCGUCGCAAAGACCUGGGCAACAGACUCACAGAGCUGACGAAGACUGUAUCUCGCCUCCAAAGUGAGGUGGCUGGUGUGCAGCGGACGCUGGCGACGGGAGGGGCACCCCGGCCUCCGGAUGGUGCCAGCAUCCUCAGCCGCUACAUCACCCGAGUGCGCAACAGCUUCCAGAACCUGGGCCCCUCAAUCCCUGAGACCCUGGAGCUGGCUGUGCCAGGGCUGGUGGGGACACAGAGCCCUUUAGAACCUGGGCUUCAGGCUGCCACAGAGGCUGGGAGUCCAGCUACUGGGGAGUGCUUGCCUGCUUCCCCUGUUCAUGCAUUGGUGCACAGAGAACAAGAGGCAGAGGGGCUCUGGGAUGUGCCCUCCCCCGGGGAUGUGAAGACCGAGGAGGGGUCCUAAUGCCAUGGAAGGUUCCCUUCUGUCACUAGUCAGCUUGGUUGGGUGGAAUGAGGGCCACUCAGUAGAAACUUCUAUGGGAUCUCUUGGCUUAAUAAAGUCUCUUCAUAUGCAUGUUA